AUUUGCGUUUCUAUGUUGUUAUUUUGAAUUUUCACGGAGGUCAGGGGUAAGCUAUGGAUUCCCCCUGUUGUGCUAAUUGAAGCAGCUCUCACUUAUUAAAGAUUGCAGUCUGACAAGAAAAGGAGCGCCGGGGUUGACUAAAGACCUUGACAAGACAAAUAGCAGUCAUUGUUUACUCGGGUGAGAUUUAGAGAAAAGGCCAGGGAUCAAAGACUUUUGUCUCUUACGAACUAACUACUGCUGUAUGUUUCUUGCGCACAGCGUUUGAUAGUAUUUGGAUAGGCUUAACACAAGUCAUGAGAACCAACAUGGAAGACAAAGGUGACCAACAGGACUGUGAUGGGCAAGAAAAAGACACGGAACUGCGAGACGACGACUAUGGCUGGGGUUCGUUUAAACCGGCAACCUUACAGGUGUUGAACAAUCCAAAAGCAGCCCUCGCUUUUCUGUCCUGUGCGAUUUUCACACAAGCUAUGACAGUCAACGGACUGGCCAGGAGUAUAGUGACCACAUUGGAACGGCGGUUUCACCUGACCAGUACAGACAUGGGCGCUGUUCUCAUAGCAAAUGACGUGGCAAACUUCGUAUCAUCACUACCGAUCAGUUAUCUUGGUGCCAAGAACAAACCCCGUUGGCUCGGCAGCGGCAUGCUCCUGCUCGCCGUGGGAGCCUUCGUCUUCGCCCUUCCGCACUUCGUCGCCGAACCUUACCGAGUGGUGCCGACGACUUCCCACGAGUUGUGUAGACCGCAAGCCCCGAAUUUCUCUUGGAAUCAGACCAAAUGUGGAAAUACUACAAGCAGUACAGGUCAGGGAAUACAAGACUACAUGUACGUCCUGGUCUUGGGGAAGUUUCUGAUAGGAAUCGGCGCAUGCGCACUAUUCAGCCUGGGGGUGACGUACAUCAACGAGAACACCCCGUCCAAUCAGUCUUCGGUAUACCUCGGUAUUUUCUACUCUUUCUCCAUCGUGGGCCCAGCCGUUGGUUACCUUCUAGCCAGUGUUUUCCUGAAGAUACCUACGGACAACACAUUUCCCACUCAUAUUGACCCGGAACACCCCCAGUGGAUAGGGGCGUGGUGGAUAGGAUUCAUCCUUACCGGUGUACUGGCCGUUGUGGCAGCCAUCUUUAUUCUGGGCUUACCGAGGAGACUAUCGAGCAAAGUCGAAGACGCCAUAAUAACUGUCGAAACACCGCUGAAAGAAAUACAACGAGAUAAACCAACGCUUGACAACAAAAAUGGCGACGCCGACAAACUCCCAUCAGACACCGCGUCUCCUGAUCAACAAAAUGGCGGCGGCCUGAGUCUUCUCCACGGCGUUGUUGAGAAAUCUGCGCGAAUCAUGCAGAACCGAACGUUUGUGUUCCUGUCUAUGGCCACCGUGACCGAGAAAGGCAUUGCUGCUGGGAUUGCCACCUUCAUAGCAAAGUACAUCGAGUCACAGUUUAGAACAUCAGCCGGGGAGGCAGCCAUGCUUAUGGGUAUCGUGAGCAUUCCCGGCGCUACCAUCGGAACUCUUUUAGGUGGAUAUCUUGUGAAGAGGUUUGAACUCCAAGUUCGCGGCAUCGUGAAGAUGUGCACAGUACUCACCUUGAUGACGAUCACCUUGAUGACGAUGGUUUCAUUGCUGUUGUUUCUCAUCACCUGUGAGGAUGUAUCCAUGACUGGAGUCAAUACAGCUUAUCACAAUAGUUCGCACGCACCUACAUCUUUGAUUGACGGGUGCAACGCACGAUGUGGCUGUUCACGUGACCAGUACCAGCCGGUUUGCGGCGGUGACGAGUUGGUGUACUUCUCGCCGUGUCUCGCGGGAUGUCAGGGACUCGCCACUAACAACGGCUCUCAGGUUUACGACAACUGCACGUGCGUGGCUGGAGGGUUUGCUACAUCAGGGAUAUGUGCCGUUAACUGUCCGCUGAAGCCGCUGUUUCUUGUCAUCCUGUUCUUCAUGAGUUUGGGGAUGUUUAUAACAUACAUUCCUUUACUGACGGCAACGUUGAGGGCGGUUACGGAAGAAGACGGGCCCUUCGCUACAGGACUGCAGGACGCCAUGAUAAGAGGCUUAGGAUACAUUCCGUGCAUCUUAUUGGUCGGCGCCGUCAUCGACCGCGCAUGCGCCCUACAGGACAGCUCCUGCACCAAUGGGGGCUCGUGUUUGCUGUACGUCAACAGAUAUUUUGGACUCUAUCUAUUGGCCGUUUGCAUGGCGUACAAGGUUGCGUCAUGUCUAUUUUACGCACUAGUACUUCUUUUUGAUCGUGGCGAAGCACAUGUUGAGUACAGCAACAUCAAGUAAAGACAAAAAGAAAUCUCGAAUCUUCCUAUUGCCGCAGAGAUAAAUUUAAACAGGACAAAAUUCCAACAGACGAAUAUCUCCCACACCGAAAAACGUCGAAAUGUAAAAUAAAAACACGAAAUUCAAACGGACAUGCAGCCAUACUUUCAUUGGUCGAAUCGCUAACCGACAUGCUGCCAUUGGUUGAACUGCUGGUUGUGAUUGACAGUCAAGAUUGGUCUGUACGUUAGGGUG